UCUUUCGGCUGCGCCAGCGCUGCCGUAGGAGCGGGGCCGCUUUGUCUGCCGGGGUGAGCGGCGCCGAGCGGGCACCGGCACCGGCACCGGCACCGGCACCGGCGGCACCGGCAUGGGCGCACGGCGGGCGGGCGCCGGCCGGGCACGGCUGCUGCUGGCGCUGGCACUGGCGCUGGCACUGGCACUGGCACUGCCGCCGGCCUGCGCCAGCUGCCCCGAGCGGGAGCUGGAGCGGCGGGAGGAGGAGGCCAACGUGGUGCUCACGGGCACGGUGGAGGAGAUCAUGAACGUGGACCCGGUGCACCACACCUACUCGUGCAAGGUGCGGGUGUGGCGCUACCUGAAGGGCAAGGACAUCGUCACCCACGAGAUCCUGCUGGACGGGGGCAACAAGGUGGUGAUCGGGGGCUUCGGGGACCCGCUGAUCUGCGACAACCAGGUGGCCACGGGCGACACGCGCAUCUUCUUCGUCAACCCCGCGCCGCAGGCGCUCUGGCCGGCGCACCGCAACGAGCUGAUGCUCAACUCCAGCCUGAUGCGCAUCACGCUGCGCAACCUGGAGGAGGUGGAGCACUGCGUGGAAGAACAUAGGAAGCUUCUCGCUGACAAACCCAACAGUUACUUCACGCAGACGCCGCCGCCGCCGAGGGAUGGGUGCCGGGGCAUGCUCUGCGGUUUCGGGGCCGUGUGCGAGCGCAGCCCCGCGGAGCCGGGCCAGGCCUCGUGCGUGUGCCGCAAGGGUCCCUGUGCCCCGGUGGUGGCCCCGGUCUGCGGCUCCGACCACUCCACCUACAGCAACGAGUGCGAGCUGGACAGGGCCCAGUGCAACCAGCAGAGGAGGAUCAAGGUGGUCAGCAAGGGGCCCUGCGGCUCCAAGGACCCCUGUGCAGAGGUGUCGUGCAGCUUUGGCAGCAGCUGCGUGCCCUCCCCUGACGGGCAGGCGGCCAAGUGCGUGUGUCCCUCGUGGUGCGGCGGCGCCGAGAGCCCCGUGUGCGGCAGCGACGGCCGCGACUACCGCAGCCUGUGCCACCUGCAGAAGCACGCCUGCGACACGCAGCAGGACCUGGCCAAGCAGUUCGACGGCCCCUGCGACCCGUGCCAGGGCGUGCCGAGCGAGCCGGGCCGCGUGUGCCGGGUGGACCCCCGGACGCGGCGCGCGGAGCUGCUGCCCCGGCCCGAGGAUUGUCCCCCGGGCAGCGGCCCCGUCUGCGGCGACGACGGCGUCACCUACGAGAGCGAGUGCGCCAUGGGCCGCGCCGGCGCCAUCCGCGGCAUCGACAUCCAGAAGGUGCGCUCGGGGCAGUGCCAGCAGCAGGACCGCUGCAGGGAGGAGUGCAGGUUCAACGCGGUGUGCCUGAACCGGCGCGGGGCCGCGCGCUGCUCCUGCGAGCGCAUUUCCUGCGACGGCGCCUUCCGGCCCCUGUGCGGCGGCGACGGCCGCACCUACGGCAGCGACUGCCAGCGGCGCCGCGCCGAGUGCCUGCGGCAGGCCGGCAUCGCCGUGCGCCACCGCGGGCCCUGCGACCUGGGCGCGCCCAGCCCCUGCCUGAGCGUGGAGUGCUCCUUCGGCGCCACGUGCGUGGUGAAGAACGGGGCAGCGGCGUGCGAGUGCCAGCAGCAGUGCCAGGGCCGCUACGACCCCGUCUGCGGCACCGACCAGCGCACCUACGGCAGCCCCUGCGAGCUGCACGCCAUGGCCUGCCUGCUGCAGAGGGACAUCGGCGUCCGGCACAGGGGGCCCUGCGAGCGCUGCGGGACGUGCCGGUUCGGUGCCAUCUGCGAGGCGGAGAGCGGGCGCUGCGUGUGCCCCACCGAGUGCGUGCCCUCGGCGCGGCCCGUCUGCGGCAGCGACGGCAACACCUACGGCAGCGAGUGCGAGCUGCACGUGCGGGCCUGCACCCGGCAGCAAAACAUCCAGGUGGCAGCGCAGGGCCCCUGCGGCUCGUGUGGCAGCUCGCCGUGCUCCUUCGGCGGGCGCUGCGAGGGCGGGCGGUGCCUGUGCCCGCGCUGCGAGCGCCAGCCCCCGGCCCCGGUCUGCGGCUCCGACGGCCUCACCUACCCCAGCCCCUGCCAGCUGCGCGCGGCCUCCUGCCAGCUGCAGAAGAGCAUCCAGGUGGCCAGGACGGGGCCCUGCGAGGACGAGUGCGGCUCGGGGGGCUCGGGCUCGGGGGACGGCGGCGACUGCGAGCAGGAGCGGUGCCGGCGCUUCGGGGGCUGGUGGGACGAGGACGCCGAGGACGAGCCCUGCGUCUGCGACUUCAGCUGCGCGGCCGCGCCCCGCGCCCCGGUCUGCGGCUCUGAUGGUGUCACCUACGCCAGCGAGUGCCAGCUGAAGAAGACGCGGUGUGAGAAACGCCAGGAGCUCUUUGUCACCGGCCAGGGAGCCUGUCGGGCCCUGGCCACCACCCCGCCGGCCCUGCCGGCCCUGCACUGCAGCCAGAGCGUCUACGGCUGCUGCCCCGACAACGUCACCGCGGCGCUGGGCGUGGGAGCCGCCGGCUGUCCCAGCUCGUGCCAGUGCAACCCCCACGGCUCGUACGGGCGCUCGUGUGAGCCGGGCUCGGGGCAGUGCUCCUGCAAGCCCGGCGUGGGCGGCCUGCGCUGCGACCGCUGCGAGCCCGGCUUCUGGAACUUCCGCGGCAUCGUCACCGACGGCCGCAGCGGCUGCACGCCCCCAGACCCCUCGGCCCCCCGCUCCUGCCAGGAGCUGAGCUGCGAUUUCGGCGCCUCGUGCGUGGAGCUGAACGGCCGCGCCCACUGCGAGUGCCCGUCCCCGCUGUGCCCCGAGGGCAACGCCACCAAGGUUUGGGGAUCCCCGGGGGUCACCUGUGCCCUGUGCUGCUCCCCAGAGCCCGUCAGCCCCUCGAGCCCCCCGGUGCCCCCCACGCCGCUGCCCACGCUGGCCCCGGACCGGCUGCUGCUGCCCGCGCCCCCUCGGGCCACCCCGCGGGCCCCGGUGGCCACCGGCUCGCCGCCGGCCGAGCCCCCGGAGCGCGGCCACCCCUCCACGCGGCGCGCGACCACGACGGCCCGGCCGGCCACCGCGCCCUGGGUCACCCACGGGGCGCACAGGGCCACCGCCCGCCCGCCGGCCACCGCGGCCACCGCGGCCACCGCCCGCCCGCCGGCCACCGCGGCCACCGGCCGGCCCGGCUCCGGCCAGCCCGGCUCCGGUGAGUCUGGCAGCGCCGAGGGCAGCGGGGACCUGGACAUGGGCACCAGCGGUGACCAGGAGGCCAGCGGGGCGGGAUCAGCCGGUGAGGAGGAGCCGGACGAGGCCCAGGUGCCACCCACGGCUGCCAUCGAGAGGGCCACGUGCUACAACAGCGCCCUGGGGUGCUGCUCCGACGGCAGAACCGCGGCGGCCGACAGCGACGGCAGCAACUGCCCCGCCACCAAGGUGUUCCAAGGAGUGCUGAUCCUGGAGGAGGUGGAGGGCCAGGAGCUGUUCUACACCCCGGAGAUGGCCGACCCCAAAUCCGAGCUCUUCGGGGAGACGGCGCGGAGCAUCGAGAGCGCGCUGGACGAGCUGUUCCGAGGCUCCGAGGUCAGGAGGGAUUUCCGGAGCGUCCGCGUGCGGGACCUGGGCCAGAGCAGCGCCGUCAGGGUCAUCGUGGAGGCCCACUUCGACCCAGCCACGUCCCACACGGCCGCUGACAUCCAGGGGGCUCUGCUGAAGCAGCUCCGAGCGUCCAGGAGAAAAACCAUCCUGGUGAAGAAGCCCCAGCAGGAGCACAUCAAGUUCAUGGAUUUCGACUGGCUCCCCCGGCUCGUCACCACCACCGUCACCACCACCACGGGCACCACCGCGGCGCCGGGCAGCGCCCGCAGGGUGCCCGCGGCCACCGCGGCGCUGGGCCAGCCCGUGGGCAGCCCCGGCGAGCCCGUGGGCACUGUGGGCACCGCCGGCCACCCUGGCCAGCCCACGGGCACCGUGGGCAGCCCCGGUGAGCCCGCCAGCACCGCCAGGAGCCCCGCGGGCACCGCCAGCACUGCCAGGAGCCCUGUGGGCACCACCAGGAGCCCCGCAGGCACCGCCGGCACCGCCAGGAGCCCCACGGGCACCGCUGGCAGCAGCCGUGCCGCGCUGCCCACCGCGCAGCCGCCGGGCAUGGCGCCCGCCCCGCCGCCCUGCGCGUCGCAGCCGUGCCGGCACGGCGGCACCUGCCGGGACGACGGGCACGGCUUCACCUGCAGCUGCCCCGCGGGCACGGCAGGCGCCACCUGCGAGAAAUGUAAGCGCUGCUGCCAAAAACCCCCGGGCUGGGAGCCUAAAAACGGGUGUCACCCUAUGGUGUGGGUAGGGGGGCACCGCCACCCCAGUGCCAGGUGGGGCCGGGGCACUGCCAGAGAUGGGGGCGGCUCGGUGCUGGCGCUGCGGACGCUGCGGGCGUACCACACGCUGCGCGUGGCGCUGCAGUUCCGCGCGCUGGAGCCCGCGGGGCUGCUGCUCUACAACGCGCAGCGCCACGGCAAGGACUUCAUCGCGCUGGCGCUGCGCGGCGGGCUCGUGCAGCUGCGGUUCGACACGGGCUCCGGCACGGGCACCGUCACCAGCCGCGUGCCGGUGGAGCCGGGCCGCUGGCACCGGCUGCUGGUGACGCGCAACCGGCGCACGGGCACGCUGGCCGUGGACGGGGAGCCCCCCGUGAGCGGGCACAGCCCCCCGGGCACCGACGGGCUCAACCUGGACACCGAGCUCUUCAUCGGCGGAGUGCCCGAGGAGCACAGGGCGCUGGCGCUGGAGCGCACGGGCGUCGCGGGCGGGCUGCGGGGCUGCGUGCGGGCGCUGAGCAUCAACAACCGCGGGCACGAGCUGCGCCCCGGCGCCGCCGACGUCCUCUACAGCAGCGCCGUGGGCGAGUGCGGCACCGAGCCGUGCCAGCCCAACCCCUGCCACCACGGGGGCACCUGCCGGCCCCGGGAUGCCGACGCCUUCCAGUGCCAGUGCCCCGAGGCGUACGCGGGCCCCACGUGCGCCCUGGAGCGGAACCCGUGCGAGCCCUCGCCGUGCCACGGCUCUGCCACCUGCCAGGUGCUGCCCGGGGGGCGGUUCCUGUGCGCCUGUCCCCUGGGCCGCCACGGGGACCUGUGCCAGCAAGCGUCGGAGCAGGACCCGGCCGUGCCCUUCCUGCCCCAGUUCAGCGGCUCCUCCUACCUGGAGCUCCCGGGGCUGCAGAGCUUCGUGCCCGGCCUGCCCGAUCGGAUGUCGCUGGAGCUGGUGCUGCUGGCGCGGCGCCCGCAGGGGCUGAUCCUGUACAACGGGCAGAGGAGCGACGGCGGCGGCGACUUCGUCAGCCUGGCACUGCACGGCGGGCACCUGGAGUUCCGCUUCGACCUGGGCAAGGGGCCCGCCCUGCUCAGGUGGCACUGCCGGCACUCUGGCCGUGCCCAGGUGAGGGUGCUGGUGGCAUCGGUGGCACUCAGGUGGCACUGCCGGCACUCUGGCCGUGCCCAGAAAUCCCGUAAGGUGCCCCACAUGGUGCUGAACCUGAAGGAGCCGCUCUACCUGGGGGGAGCCCCCGACUUCUCCCGGCUGGCGCGGGCGGCCGCGGUCUCCAGCGGCUUCGAGGGGGCUCUGCAGAAGGUCUCGGUGGACGGCGUGCCGGUGCUGCGGGAGCAGCACGUGCGGGCGGCCCGGCAGGUGGUCCCGUUCCGGGGGCACCCCUGCACCCAGGAGCCCAACCCGUGCCAGCCCGGCGGCGCCUGCCGGCCCAGCAUGGCCACCUACCAGUGCUCCUGCCACGCCGGCUUCGCGGGCGCCCGCUGCGAGAAGGCCAUCAUCGAGAAGGCAGCGGGGGACGCCGAGGCCGUGGCCUUCGACGGCCGCACGUUCCUGGAGUUCCACAACGCCGUCACCAGGAGUGAGAAGGCGCUGCAGUCCAACCACUUUGAGCUGAGCAUCAGGACGGAGGCGACGCAGGGGCUGCUGCUCUGGAGCGGCAAGGGGCUGCAGCGCUCCGACUACAUCGCCCUGGCCAUCGUGGACGGGCGCGUGCAGCUCAGCUACGACCUGGGCUCCAAGGGCGUCACCCUGCGCUCCAGCGUGCCCGUCAACACCAACCAGUGGGUGCGCAUCCGCGCCUCCAGGGUGCAGAGGGAAGGCUCCCUGCAGGUUGGCAACGAAGCGCCCAUCGCUGGCUCCUCUCCGCUCGGGGCCACCCAGCUGGACACGGACGGGGCGCUGUGGCUGGGCGGGCUGGACAAGCCGAGCGUGCCGCAGCGCCUGCCCAAGGCGUUCAGCACGGCCUUCGUGGGCUGCAUGCGGGACGUGCUGGUGGACCGCCGGGAGCUGCACCUGCAGGAGGACGCGCUCAACCGCCCGCGCAUUCUGCACUGCGGGGCCCAGUAGAGCCCAGGCGCCUCCCUCCCCCCUGCCUACUGCUGUAAUUAUUUUCUAUUUUUGUAAACUUAUUGCUUUUUAUAUUUUGGGGGGGACGGGGAGGUCAGGAACCCCUUUUUGCUUUCGGGUUCUCGGGGCGGCGAGCGGCGCAGCGAAGCUCGGCCGAGGCUCCGAGGAGCGGCACCAGAACUCUCCCGCUGCGGCGUCCAUCUUCUUCAUACUUGAAGCUUCUUCGUUCUGGGGUCGUUUUCCCCCUUUUUUGCCUGUUUUUGGGGAGUUCGUCCCCAAAAACAACCCCGUUUUCCCGUGCGGGGGAAACGCUGCCGGUGCUGGUGAGGCGCUCACGGAUUGACGGGGUGGGAAUUCCCGCCCUGCUCCGGGCUCUGGCUCUUCCAAACCUUCUCCUGGCGCCGCGUUCACCGAAUUCCUGCUGCCCUCGUUCCUCUCACUGUAAUUUAUGUGUGUAAGGAUCUCAAGUGCUUUUCUCCUCCGAGCUCUGCUCAAAUCAGGGACGGAGCCGGGCCCGAGCUCUGCUCCGCGCUCGCUUGGGACUCUGCUGGACUCAGAGGUGCCGGGGAGGCAAAAAUGGAUUUUCCCAGCGGUUCUCCUCCUCCUCUUCCUCUCGGACACGCGCAGGAGCAGCUGUGAAACCUCAUUGCCACGUUCUGUGUUCAUCCCAGACGUGUCCUGACCCCUCCCUGCGCCGGGGAUCGCUUGGAGCUCCUCUCCAGGAGCUGGGAAUUCUGUCCCUCUCCCGAAAGGACCAGGAAAUUCCCUUUUCCCUCCUCAGAGAUCUCCUGGGUGUGUCCUUCCACGCCCCACGGCCUUCUCCAGCCUCCGGCUCCCAGCCUGGCAAGGCAGAGCUGCCACUGAGCCACUCCCACGAAGAAAAUUUGGAAUUUUUCACCUCGGACUUGCAGUUCUUGGGUCUUCCAGGUUCCUCUGGAUGCCGCCAGCGCAGCAGGAAGGGCUCCAGCAGGAGCAGCAGUGGGGCUGGGGAGGAUUUGGGGAGAAUUUGGAGCAUUUUCUUCCAGGAAAGGAAAAUUUUGGGGCCAGUUCUGAAGUUUUUGGGGUGUGGCUGCAGGCUGGGAUCUCCUGGAAUGUGGAGAAGAGGAGAUGGAUCCCAGCUCUGGGAGAAAUCCCGUUGGGAUUCCUUCUCCGUGGAAGGGUUUCCUCGUGCUUUGUGGCCUCAGCUGGAAUUUCUCUGUGGAAAAACAACUUUUGGGAAUUCUUCUGCGGGAUCCCGCCGGGUUCUGGGUGGGAAUUCCUGCCCCAGGUGCCAGAAUUUGGCUUUUUCCCCCUAAAUUUCCACCCCACCUUGCAGGGCACCCCUUGGAAUGGGGUUUUGGCACCAACUUUUGAGCCAGGAAAGGUCAAAUUUCUUCUCUCAGGGUGAGCUCUGAACAAAGGUGGAACCAAGAGGGGAAACCUAUGGAAAAACCACUCGGAUCCGCUUUGAUUUUGUUUAUUUGAUUUAAAAAAUAAUAAAUAUUCCCAAGCUGUGACAUUCCUGUGGAAAACCCGGCGUUAAAUCUUCCACGGGGGGCUGUGCCCUGUGUGGGAUGAAGGCUCUGCUGUGCCUGGGGGGUUCUGUGGGUGCCAAAAUUCCCAUUUUUUGGGAGCUGCUGGGUCCAAAUUGGGAUUCCUGGUGGGAAAAGCUGGGCUGGGCUGGGAGGGCUCUGGGAGUCCCCCAGUCCAUAUUUUGGGAGCAGGAUUCCCAGCUGGGCUGGAUGUUCCAGCUCCAGAGGGGCUGGGAAGCUGCUGAAGAAACAGAAAAAAAAAAACCCAAACAAAAAAAACCAACAACUGAAAAAAAUAAAUCUAAAAACUCCUCCUUGCUUUCGCUGGGGCUUGGAAAUGCCUUAAAGCAGGACUCGUGUCCUCGUGGGGGAGCAUUUGGAAUUUCCAGCAGCACGCUUCAGCUGGGUUUUAUUUUUAACAACCUUUCUACCACAGCAUGUGCAAAAAAAAAACCCAAACAAACAAACAAAAAAGAGAAACAUUGAGGUUGGGUUUUUUUCUAGAUUUGAUUUUUUUUUGUUUGUUUGUUUUUUGGUUUUUUUUUGUUUUUUUUUAAUUUAAAACCCCUGAGCUGUCCAUGGAGAGGGUGAAUUCCUGGCUGAGUUGGGAUGGGCAGGAGAGGAGCAGCAUGAUGUAACCAUUACUAACUCGUGUCUUUCGUCGAAUCACCCACAAAUAAAGUUUGGAAACUAUUAAAGAGGUUUUUAAGGGG